UAUGCAACGGUCAUUUUCUCUUUAAUUAGCUCCUUUUCUCUCUAUAUAUUUCAAUUAUUCCCACCCCAAAACUCAUAUCCAUCCUCAAAAUUUGCGUUAUUAUUCCAUCUUAAUUAUUAAUUAUUGUCUAAAUUUUUUGCUCAGAAUUGAAUUUUAUGGGGUUUGGAAGGUUAAUAGUUGGUUUUGUGGGUGUUAUGGGUUUAGUUGGGGCUAUGAUUUGUUCAUGUGAAGGUAGGAAAUUCUAUGUUGGUGGCAAAGAGGGAUGGGGUUUGAACCCUUCUGAGAGCUUUAAUCAUUGGGCUGAACGUAAUAGGUUUCAAGUUAAUGAUACUCUCUAUUUCAAGUACAAAGAGGAGAAAGAUUCAGUGUUGGUUGUAAGCAAGGAAGACUAUUUUUCAUGCAACACCAAAAACCCAGUUAUUUCCUUGAAAGAUAAUGGUGAAUCAAUCUUCAAAUUUGGUCACUCUGGUCCCUUUUAUUUCAUCAGUGGAAAUGCUGAUUCGUGUCAAAAGGGCCAAAAGCUCAUUGUUGUUGUUCUCGCUUUGACACAUAAUAAACACCACCACUCUCAGCCCCCGCAUUCUUCGUCUUCUCCGGUGGCAACUCCGUCGCAAUCUCAGAGCCCCCCCGCCGAGUCACCGGAAAAAUCUGGUGUUGUUUCGACAGCCCCGACUCCAGCAAAGAAUUCUGCCUUUGGAGGUGGAGUUGCAGUCAGUUUGUUGGGUGUAGGGACGAUCAAUGUUGUUCUUUUAAGUAGUUUCUUAGUGGGGCUUUUUUAAUUGGCUUUUGAAUUAAGUUUUUAAUUUUUGGUGGUAAUUGGGUUUUGGGUCUACAUUUUGUAUCCAUUCAAGAAUUUGUUUGAAAUUUGUCAAUGUUUUUUUUCCCCAGCUUUGGUUAGUUAAUGGUGUGAAUUAUCAUAAUUACAACUCUCUCUCUCUCUCUUUCUUGGUUGUAUUUUGGUGUGGUUCAGUGUGAGAAUUGUAUUCCUAUGCUAUGCUUCAAAUAUCCUUUGGUAUUUUUGU